CGAUUAGUUUAACAUCAGUGGGAAUGUUCGGAUUUGAUGGGUCCUGGAAAAUUCAGUCAUUUUGGAAAAGAUUCCCAGGAUAUCCAACCAACGCAGCAGAGUUACGAUCCAGGGGAAGGAGCGACUAACAAGAACAACGUAAUUUCCAUCGCCAGCAAACAGAUCAGCGAUGUUAUCCAGUUCCAAGAGCCGAACACUUCAAAGAACUUCUCUUUUACAACCGAGAUUCGCAUUAAUAUUUUGGGAGAACCGAAUUUAAGCAAACAGUCCUUUGAUGCUGAGGAUUUAUCCAGUUUAAGCUUGGUUAAUGAAAAUGGCUUUCGGGGCAAGAAAGAUGUGAUUCAGUUAGACGAAAGUUAUGCCACAAUCGAAUCCUGCCUGAAAGAGAAAACGACCAACACCCAGGAAGUGACGAUGUUUAGCAGAAACGACCGCACUCAAAGGGAAAUAGUGGUGAACAGUGAAGCGCCUCCACCUUACAACAGUCACCCACCGCCCGCCUACUCCACAGCCACUGGGCAGAUAACUCGCCAAACUCAACGCUAUCAAACCAACCCUGAUCCAGAAGGUGGUUACUACCCUUAUGGACUAACCUCUCCCAGUUUAAUGGACCAAAGAAUACGUCACUACUUUAUUCAAAAGGUUUUUCUGAUUUUAUCCGUGCAGCUUUUGAUCACAACCGGUCUUAUCCUGCUGGUGAUGUUCCACGAGCCGACCAAGGACUUCGUAGCCACAAAUAUUCCGAUGUUUUGGGUGAUGGCUGCUUUGGAAAUGGUCCUCUACAUCACUCUGACGUGCUAUCAAGUUACCAGGCGCAUAUUUCCUUUGAACUUCGUCCUGCUGCUCCUUUUCACUCUGGCGCUUUCGUACAUUUGUGCGGCAGCAACAAUUUUUUACUCAACCAAAGUGCUAUUACUAACUACGUCCAGCACAGCUCUCAUCUGCCUAGUGGUUUCACUGCUGGCAAUCCAAACCUGGUUCGACAUCACCAAGUAUACUUUCAUUAUAGCAGUAGCUUCAAUCGUAUUCAUGGCUUUCGGCUUAAUUGUGAUGAUUGUUUCUUUAGUCACCUACACGCCAGUGCUUUGGCUCGUUUAUUCUGGCAUUGCCACGCUCAUUUUCAGCGUGUUUCUUCUCUACGACAUGCAGUGCAUUUUAGGAGGCCGCAGGCAGGAAAUAUCUCCUGAGGAGUAUAUUUACGCCGCACUUACACUUUAUGUGGAUAUUGUGAUGAUUUUUAUGUAUAUGCUUGAGCUGAUAAAUGCAUGUACUACUUAAAUAAUAAAAGCAUAAUUUGCAGAAAUGCGGAA